UACACUACAAACAGCUGAUCGCAUCGCAGCAACAAAAAACACAAACAAAUAAACUGAAUAAUAAUAUGAACCGUCAGUGUGUUGGCAGGAAAGUUGCUUACAAAAGUCACAACUAAUAAGCUGCAAUUGGGCAGCUAUUGAAAACUACAAAAUGUUGAAAGCUGGCAAGCUGUUCGUUGGAUCCGUGGGCGGUCGCAGCUCCCUGCGGGGAGUGCACCUGAAACGCCGUGAGGUUUAUUUGCAAUGCUUUCGCAUCCUGGGUGUCUGCGAGGGGGCGGACCAGAACACCGUGCGUCAGGCGUACUUGGAUUUGGUGAAACGCGUCCAUCCGGACUCUGGAUGCGAGGAGGCCAGUGCCGAACGAUUCCAGCAGGUGGACGAGGCCUUCAAGAUGCUGCAGGAGAAGUUCGCUAAGGGUCGGCGCAACAUCCCGGACGACGAGGAGCAGGCCAUGGAGUUUGACAUCAAGCACACGGCGCCACAACAUCGACAGUUUCUGUCCAACGAGGGCAUUGGCUUGGGCACACCCUUUCAGCGCCAGAAGCAGUACCAGCAGGUGCGCGCCAUGAAGGCCCAAGAGCGUGUCCUCGAGCAUCGCAUUGACAAGGCGGCCGCCGGUGACAGCACCCUCAUGUCCAAGGAGGGAACCCAUUUUCGCAAGCACGCUAUCAAAACCAAAUACGGCAUUGAUCGUGUGGUGGAGGAUCUCAUCCAGGAGUCCAUGUCUAAGGGCGAUUUCAACAAUCUCAAUGGCUCGGGCAAGCCGCUGUCCUCCGCCCAGUCGCAGAAUCCCUACCUGGACUUUACCACACACAAACUGAACAGGAUAAUGCUCGACAAUGGCUUCAUGCCCGAAUGGAUCACCCUCAGCAAGGAGAUACGCGAUGCGCGGCUGCAACUGUUGCAGAAAGUUCGCCAGGAGCGCGUCUACUACGGCGAUUGGCCACUACAGCUUCCCGACGAGCAGGCCGCCUGGGAAAGGUUCUCCCUGGACCACGAGCAUGAAGUCCAGGAGCUGAACAAGUUGAUUGACAAAUACAAUCUGAUUGUGCCCAUACUCAAGAAUCAGUUCUUUCGCUAUCGCCUGGACCGUGAGGCCCCAAUCGUGUUUAAGGAGACAGAUUUAAAACGGAAUCAGCCGCGUCCUGCAGACCAAUGCAAAGCGAAGGAUAGACAGUCGGAAAAGGCGUUCAAAAGCUUGUUAUCCGAUCUGAUAAGCCGUCUGUUGUGAUUGGAAUUGGGAUACGUAAGCAUCCCCAUUCCAUCCCCCGGUGAUAUUAGUUUGUAGAAAUACGUUUAAAUAUUUUGAAUAAUUUGUUAUAUGAUUUAUAAAAACAUGGAAUGCCUGCAGUCUUGGCCA